AUGCCAAAAGAAUUAGAUGAAGAAGAAAAUUGGAUUUUGGCAAAAAUCAUAUGUUUCCAUGAUAAAGUUAGGGAAUAUGAAGUAGAGGAUAUAGAUAAAAUGAAAAAUGAAAAACAUGGAAAGCAAUUUAUGGUGAGCAUGAAAAAUGUGAUUGAACUUCCAGGUCCAGGAGGAUAUUUACAAGAAUUUCCACGGUCACAUAGAGUAAUUGCAUUAUAUCCAAAUACCACUUGUUUUUAUAAAGCAAGUAUAAUAAUUCCUCCAAGCAAACAAAAUAUUCGUACACAAUAUUAUUUGAUUUCAUUUGAUAAUGAUAAUGAUGCAGUUAGACAUGUUGAUGCACAAUAUGUUUUAGAUGCUCCUAAUGAACUUAAAUAA